UGUGCAGUUUGUAAUCUUCGCCCUCAGUGGGAAAGGAUGAGAUCGUUGAGUGUCUUAUUAGUGAUCCUGUGGCAUCGCUUGAGCUGGGUAAACAGCCAACAGAAGGAGGUGGAGCAGCAUCCUGAGUCCCUCAGUGUUCCAGAGGGAGCCACUGCCUCUCUCAACUGCACUUAUAAGAAUAGUGCUUAUCAGUACUUCAUGUGGUACAGACAGUAUUCUGGGAAAGGCCCUAAGCUUCUGGCAUCUACAUACUCCAACGGUGAUAAAGAUGAAGGAAAAUUCACAGUGCACCUCAACAAAGCCAGCCUCUAUCUUUCCCUGCACAUCAGAAACUCCCAGCUCAGUGACCCAGCAACCUAUCUCUGUGCAAUGAGUACACAAUGCUCCCCCAACACCUGCAGCCUGCAUCCAAACCUACAGGGGCCCCAAACUGAUGUUUCAGGAGGAAUUACAGCCCAGGCAGUGGCUCAGCCUGAGGACCACAUCUCUGUCUUCGAAGGAGCCCCUGUGCAGGUGAAGUGCAACUAUUCCUAUUCUGUGAGUCCUGAGAUCUUCUGGUACAACCAACAUCCAGGGCAAGGCCUCGAGCUGCUCCUGAAACACAUCUCUGGAGGCAGUGCCAAAGGUUUCACGGCCACUCUAAAUAAGAGUGAGAAGUCCUUCCACCUGCAGGCCAUGACUCAGGAGGAUGACUCAGCCAUGUACUACUGUGCCCUGAGCCCACAGUAG